UUCAUUCUUCAUUCAUUCCAUACUCUCAAUAUACUUCCGUGUUCUCUUAUCGAUCAAAAAUUUCUCUUUUCUUCAAAUCCCUAAAAUUUCAUCGAUCAAUCAAUGGCAGGAAGAGGCAAAACCCUAGGAUCCAGUGGCGCUGCCAAGAAGGCAACCUCAAGGAGCAGCAAGGCUGGCCUUCAAUUCCCCGUCGGCCGUAUCGCUCGUUUCCUCAAGGCCGGUAAAUACGCCGAGCGUGUCGGUGCCGGUGCUCCUGUGUACCUUGCCGCCGUCCUUGAAUAUCUCGCCGCCGAGGUUCUUGAAUUGGCUGGAAACGCUGCGAGGGACAACAAGAAGACUAGAAUUGUGCCUAGACAUAUUCAAUUGGCUGUUAGGAACGAUGAGGAAUUGAGCAAGCUUCUUGGCGAUGUUACCAUCGCUAACGGUGGUGUUAUGCCCAAUAUUCACAACCUUUUGCUCCCAAAGAAAGCUGGUGGUUCCUCCAAGGGUGCUGGUGCCGAUGAAGAGUAAUUCAUCGAUGGAACUUCAGUUUUGAAGAACCGUUUUGAUUUUAAGUUAUUCAUAUGUAUCUGGUUUGGGAUAAAGAACAUGUCUUGAACUUUGUAGUUCUAGUUAGGGUUUUAGUUUAUGAUGUGGAUAUAUUUAUCUAAUGCUGUUCCUUAUGGAGAAAUUAUUGAAAUUUCAUAAUUUUUCUCAUAUUCAAUGUCAUCUUUGCCCAGUUUCGGUUA